AUGUUGAAAUUUCGGUCACUUGGAUUCCCUCCAAUCAAAAGGAAACUCUCCAAUGUGAAACCUAUAAAAGAUUUCGAAUUGACAUGUGGCUUAGAAAUUCAUACACAACUAAGUACAACGAACAAACUUUUUUCAGGAUCUAUAAAUAAUCCCUUUGAGUCAAUAUCGAAACCAAAUGUAAAUACUAGUUACUUUGAUAUUGCUUUACCUGGUACUCAGCCGAUACUAAACUACGAAGCAGUUUUAUUUGCACUAAAGCUGGCAUUAUCAUUGAAAAGUACUGUUAAUCUCGCAUCUCAAUUCGAUAGAAAACAUUAUUUUUAUGGGGAUCAGCCUCAAGGAUAUCAAAUUACCCAACACUAUCACCCUUUCUCGAAGGGUGGUUAUUUAACGUUAUCUAAGGAGUUUGACGAAAUAAAUGAACCUUCAAAGGAAAUUAGAAUAACUCAACUACAAAUAGAGCAGGAUACUGCACGUUCUAUAUAUCAUCAAUCAUUGCAACAGAACUCAGAUGAAGAAACAUUAAUAGAUUUUAAUAGGUCCAAUGUACCACUUAUAGAACUUGUUACCGAACCAGAUUUCCAUGAUACAUUACAAGUGAAAGCGUUUAUUAAAAAAUAUCAAAAUCUUGUUAGGCAACUGAAAAUUUCAACGGGUGAUUUAGAAGCUGGUUCUAUUCGUAUUGAUGUAAACGUGUCAGUGAAUGAACAUCCUAGAGUUGAACUGAAGAAUCUUCCUAAUACCUCGUCAAUUGUUAAUGCCAUUAAUUAUGAAUAUAAGAGACAAGUGAACGUAUUGAAGAAUAAUAGUUUAAUUGCGACCCAGGCUGUCGAAACUAGAGGUUGGGAUGGAUCUAAAACGACUGUCUUAAGAUCAAAGGAAUCUACGAUGGAUUAUAGAUAUAUGGCUGAUCCUGAAUUACCUCCGAUAUCUUUGGAUGCUGAUGUAUUAUGUGAGGUUGCAAAGACACUUUUAAAAGAUGCAGAUGAAUGUAUACGAGAAUUAAUGUCAGAGCCUUACAACUUGUCAAAAAAAGAUGCCAAGAUACUGACUAUUCAGAAUGAGUUUAAUGAAUUAUACAACAAUGAAGAAUUACGAACUUAUUAUGUUGAUACUUUCAAAUUAUAUACAAACUCUAUGGAGGAUAAUAAAAACGGUGACCCUAAAAUUGUUGUGAGCUGGAUAUUACAUGAAUUGUUGGGUAAUUUAAAAAAAUUGGAAAUUUCUUUAAACCACGUUUCAAGAGACAUGUUAUCACCAGGGAAGUUGGCUGAGUUUUUAAACAUUGUUCAUAGUGGAGUGAUCUCGAAUUCCAAUGCAAAGCAAUUGCUUUUCCAUAUUUUAGAAGAGUAUAAACUGGAAGGUUGUAACAAAUCAAUUGAUACCAACUUUGUCACUUUAAUUAAAAAAUACGAUCUCGAAGUUACAAAAAAAAUUGAUUAUGCUGUUUUAGAGGAUGGAUGUAAGGAAAUUAUUAAGGACUUAAAUAACCCAAAAAUGAUUGAAAGUAUUAAAUCCGGUAAAAAGAAAAACUCAAUCAAAUACUUGGUUGGAUUAGGUAUGAGGAAAUACCAAGGUAAAAUUCAAGCACAGGAAUUGGAAACAAUGUUCAAAAAAGUAUUAGAUAUUAAAUGA